UUCCUGUGUAUUUUGGUCCGCCAUCUUGGUUCAGUCACGUGGUGUACACACCAUAACCUUUGACCCCACGCUUGAAAUCGAUCCUCCAAAAAUGCCUUUUAUUAAAGAUUUAGACCUUCUGUAAAGCUAUAUCUUUGAUAAGAUGAUAAAAUAGAAUCUCACUGACUAUAUAUGUUACUGUCGUAGGUUAAAAUCACCUUAUUUUGUGGGAAAUCAGCAAACUAUAGGGAGGAUAGCCGCUAUGUGCUUGUGACAGGGAUGCUUGGCUCAUUUGCAUAAUCUGCAGCCACCAUUUUGCAGCGAGGCGAUCAGAAACGGCGUUGUUCUCCAAAAACUCGACAUUAAGCAAAGCGGGAGCCAUUUUUGCUACAUCAGACCAGCCUUUCUGGCGAUCGCCUCCCCAAGACUCUGCUCCCGGUGUCCUUCUUUAACUCUUCCCCAAGACGUCUUGGCCUGGACGCUGGCGAUUUCGUUGUGAGGUGGCAGCCAAUCACCUGUGAGAUUUGCAGAGAUGGAGGGGGAUUCAGCCAAUCAGCAAGCAGGAGAUGUGACCAAUGGGAGCACAGAGGCUGGACUUUCCCUCACUGGCAAUGCCCCCUCCAGAAUUGUCUCACAACAGGACCCGAUGAUUUCUGGCCAGCAGCCCGUUUCCACGACAACGGAUGGCUCCUCAAUUCCUGACCAACUUCUGAACGCAGUCCACUCCAUGAACGACCACAACGAGGGUGGGAAACAAGAUGGUGGUGCGACAGUUCCCAUCAUGCAACCACAGAUGCUGAUGGCCCCAGUGGCUGCUGGGAUACCUGGUUUCCAACAGCCUGGUCUGCUCCCAUCACAGCAGCCGGCUGGACUGCUAUCCCAGAGUUCCACAGGGCACGCCAUGCCCUCUACUGGCUGGCAAGGAUCGGUGUCGCCAAACACCCCCGGCUUGUCCCAAAGUUCUGCUGCCUCCACCAAUGCUAACAUGGCCUCUAACAUGGCAUGUAGUUGGAUCCAGACAGUGAAUGGUCAACAGAUGUUGCUCAUCCCUGUUGCUGGACCAAACGGCCAGCAGCAGCUGCUUACCAUACCAGUGUCCAUCCCUCAGUCGCCGGGCCAACAGGGGCAGGUGGCCCAGAUCAUCGCCCUCCCCACAGCAGGUGGCCAGGUGCUUCCCACAGGUGGGCAGAUGCUAACCCAGGCUGCUGUGAACGGAGGAGUCGUCGCUUCACCUGGCGCCCAGCAAGCUGCUCAUUCAGGUAUUGCAAUCCAUGCCACAGCAGCCAAUGAAAUCGCAUCCCCAACCAAGUCAGCACCCAGCCCAACCACAGUAACCAAUCAGAUCAUCAGAACGACGUCGUCUCGGAUUACCGGCACCUCCGUCAUGACCAAUCAGAUCGCAGGAACCCAAGUUGUCACAAGCCCGAGCGGACAGAUUCAGCUGAUCGCUGGAAACACGGGAUUGGUUAACCAGGCCACUGCGAACGCCACGCAGAUUUUAAACCGUGUCCAGGCGGCGCCACCAGUCACUUCGCAGCUCGUAAACGGGACCCAUGUUCUCACGAACGCUUCCCCCGCGAGACAGGUUCUAACGUCAGCGAUUCCGCAGGGUGUGACCACGUCGGCCGCCAUGGCGGCGCACCUGGCCAAUCAGGUCGUGGCGACGCAAGCAGCGGCAACCAAUCAGACCACGGCGACGCAUCAUCAUGUGGUGACCAAUCAGGCGACAGGAGGUCAGGUGCUGACCAACGCGGCAGGACAGGUGUUAGGAACGGUGGUCGGAACGCAGAUUUUAACACCUGGAGUGAUCUCGCCAGGUGUCACCGUAGCUGCGUCAGGUGGAGAUGAGCUUCAUUCUCAAGCAUCACAACAGUCCAUCUCCCAGCUGGCAGCAGCAGCAGAUAUCCUUGGCUCCACGGAGAGCACAGUGGAUGGGAUAAAUCUUGAGGAGAUUAAGGAGUUUGCCCGCCAGUUUAAGAUCCGCAGACUCUCGCUGGGGCUGACACAGACCCAGGUGGGACAGGCACUGAGCGCUACUGAGGGCCCAGCUUAUAGCCAGUCUGCUAUAUGCAGAUUUGAAAAGCUAGACAUCACCCCCAAGAGUGCCCAGAAGAUCAAGCCUGUCCUGGAGCGCUGGAUGGCUGAGGCCGAGGAGAGGUAUAAGAACGGGGCCGCCAACCUGUCCGAGUUCAUCGGGCAAGAACCUUCCAAGAAAAGGAAGAGAAGAACGUCAUUCACACCACAGGCCUUGGAAGUGCUGAAUGCCCACUUUGAGAAGAACACCCAUCCGUCGGGAGCAGAGAUGACCGCACUGGCCGAAAAGCUGAACUACGACAGAGAGGUGAUCCGCGUAUGGUUCUGCAACAAGCGACAGGCCCUGAAGAACACCAUCAAGAAGCUCAAGACUCACCACGAGGCUGUGAGCGCACAUCACGAAGCCGUGGUAACCCAAAUAGCUGGCCCAACUCAUGUAACCCAAAUCCCGCAACAGGUCAACCUGGGGUCACAACAGGUCAGUCUGGGGUCACAACAGGUCAGUCUGGGGUCACAGGUCAGCCUGGGUCCUCAGGUCAGCCUGGGGUCACAGGUCAGCCUGGCUCAACAGGUCAUGAACUCUCAGGUCACCGCCCACGUGACCUCCCCCACCAUCACCACUGACAACCUCACAGCUCAAGACUUGACGUCAGGAAGCCUCUCACCUUGAAGAUUUCCGAGACGUCUUGAAGGUUUCUCCUCACCUUGAACCUUGUUAAGACCACUUGAAGACUUGUCUUAGUCCCCCUUUCAUCCCAGUGAUGCUCCCUGCAAAUUUAACGUUAAGGUGAAGACAAAGGAUGAUUCGGCAAGUUUGGUCUCUGCACUCUGAAAUGUAAGUAGCACAUAGAAAGAAAGAAAGUUUCAAAAUGUUGACAAAUGUGGAAAUGUGUAUACAAGUAGGACUGGAUCAUAAUGAUCCAGUCAUGUUCCCAAUCAUUUCUCCCCCUCUCAAAGGGUAGAGCUGGGGGGCCUCCCUCAAGAACUUUUUAAAAUUUAGAAGCUCUUUUUAGAGUUAGGAGCCAUUUCUAGGCAGAAUUGAGAAACAAACUAACACUGAACAUUUCUAUUUGUGAACUGUAUUCACCACUGUCCCACUUUCAAAACAAGUCAAAAAGUGAACAUUUAACCCUAACAGUAAGGGUUUUGGUAAAUGUCUUUAGACCCAAUAUUACGGGACCACUCAUUUUUGCUCGGAGCAUUACUGGAAACUAGAAGAUAAAAAAUCCAUUCUUGACAUGUCGUGUAAUCGGUAGUACCACCACCUCAGCUUGCAUGAAUAUACCGCAGUGUUCUCCAGUGUCAAACAUAGAAAACAUUUCUACCUCCUACCAACAACCAAUAACCGAUAACCCCAAUAUUAACACCAAAGUCGUUCCCAUUCUUUGAUAGCUUGAGUCCGUGCAUGACUAAGUGUACCAUGUAGUCCGUGUGUGCCAGUAUUUUCAAAACUCAAACCACAGAAUAUCCUAGUAUCUAAGGGUGGGUACCGGUACACCGUACAAAACCGGUUUUUCUUAUUGGACCGGUCCGAAAAAAAACGACCUGAAAAAAUUUGGUGGACCGGAUGUUGGACCUGAUAGAAAA